AUCUCUGUUGGAUAAAGUGAGCAGAAAUAAAACGACAACGGUUGGUUUUCUUGGACGUAAUAAGGAUGACAACAUAUUCCAUAAGCCUGGAUGACGUGGAUCUAGCGCUGCUGCCUCUGUCCACACACUCUAACAACAACUUCCUGAAGAAAGAACACUACCAGUUCCAAGUGAUGAAGUCAGUACCCGAAUCCACCCCUCAAUACACGUGCCACAUAUGUGCAAUAGAAGUGCCGGUAGCAUUCGCACACGAGCACGCCGCGAGCGUCAAGCACCAAGCGAACGUUCGCAUAGCGAGCGUAGCGGCGGAGCGAAUGCGCGCGUUCAUCUCCGCUUUGCCCCCUCCAUUCGUUAAACAAGCUGGUCGCUUUUGCACGAACUGCGCGAUAGAAGUCAGUGAAGGCCACGAAAACACGAAGGAACAUCGCAACGCUGCCAUGCUUGAUAACCUGUUAAGGGAUCUAACGAAAGUAUAUGUUCAAGACGAAGACGAAGAAAUAUUUGACAAUAAUAAAACAUGUGAGAAUAAUGAUAGCGGAAAGAUUAAUGAAUAUAAAAACGACGUAAGUUUUGAUAAAGCCGGAGGAGAUAAUAUAAAUAACGUUAUGGUUGAUAAAUGUACAAAGAAUGAUCAAUCAAAAGAAGUAAUGGAUGAAGUAACAGAUGAGGAAGACCAAAUUGAAAAUACUGAGACCACUGAUGAGAUAGAGGAAUGUAGUGAAGAUGAGGAACUAAGUACUAAUGAAACUGACUACAAUGAGUCUUUACACUCCGAUACGUCUAAAAUCGCAGAGGAAAGCACGGCAGAAAAGGCUACUAAUGUGAAUUGUGUAGAAUAUUAUGAAGAAGCACUACGCCAAUUCCUUAACGAGAAUGAUUAUUUCGAGUAUAACGAAUCAAUUCAAUUAAAUAUUAAGUUAAAUGAAUAUUCAUUAAGCAACAUUGGUAGUGACCGUUUUCAAAGUUAUGAUAAACGAUAUUUCAGUGAUAAUAUAAAAUGCAUAGUCUGCGAUUGCGUUUUAGAUUAUGAAGAAGCAGAAAUCCAUAAGUAUGAUUCUGAACAUUUAUGCUUAAUCGCGAACUUUGGAAACGAUGGUCAUUAUAUAAGAGAGAUAAACGAAUUAUACAGCCAUUGCAUUCUGUGCAAUCGUAAAAUCGAAAACACAGAAAUGGAAACACAUAAGCAGGACCCAUGGCAUAAGCUACAAAUGUCCAUGCAUACUAACACUAGUAGUAUAACAAACAAAACUAAAACGGAAGAGAUUACUGAAGAAAAAGUUAAUGAAUCUCAACAUAGACUAGAAUCAAGUGAUAAGACCGCUGGUUCAAUUGAAUAUCCAUAUGAAAUGACAGUCAUGGGCAAAGUACGGUGUGUGGUUUGCGAAUGCCACGUGCCAAGCGGAGUACGCAAUCGAGAAGAACAUGUGAAAGGGAUAAGACAUCGUACUACGGCAUUAAAUCAACAUUCUAUAGUGUUUUGGACAGUAUACAAUCUAACAGUGAUGCGGAUGAGCGGGAUGAGGCUAGGGAUGACAACAUAUUCCAUAAGCCUGGAUGAUGUGGAUCUCGCGCUGCUGCCUCUGCGCACCCACAAAUACAAUGACUUCUUAAAGAAGGAACACUUCCAGUUCCAAGUUAUGAAGACUGAGGAAGUUGAAGAAUUAGAGCCCACCAUUUACUACAAAUGCCACAUAUGCGCCCUCGACGUGCCCGCAGCGUUCGCGCACGAGCACACCACCAGCCUCAAGCACCGAGCGAACGCGCGCAUCGCUCGCGUCGCCACCCAGCGCACGCGCAAGCUCAUCUCCGCUCUCCCCCCACCCCUCGCCCCCCAAACGGCGCAGUUUUGCGCUAACUGCUCGACCAUAGUGCAAAAAAACCAUGAAAAAACAAAGGAACAUCGAGUCGCUGUGAUGCACGAUAAGUUGCUGUGGGAACUGAUGACUGCUUAUGUCGGUGAUGGUUGUGAUGAUGAAGAUUCGGACUUGAGUGAUACUGAUGAGUCGGUGCAAGGAGAAGCAAGUUCUAGGCGUUACAAUGGAUUUGCAACGUGGAAUGAAGUCAAUAAUAAUAAAGAAGAGAAACAAAAGAAAUGUGAACCCAAAGGUUUGACUAGUAUUGAGAGGAAUAAAAAAGAAAUAGGUAAAAAGGAAGACUAUGAAGCGGAGAAGCGAAAUAACGAGAAUAAACCCUUAGAAAAUAAGACGAAAAUUAUAGAAGUCACAAAUAUUGAUACCAGAAAACCUGAAUCCAGCAAAAGCAGUGAAAUCAAUAUUGAAACUGGGACAAAUAAACCUAUUGAUACAGAGCCAACACAAACUACUGCCAAAAACGAAGACAUUGCUACUAGUUCACCUAAACCUCAAGAUAAAAUAGAAUAUGUGGAAUUUGUCAGCAAAAACAAUAAAAUAGUAAAGGUAUUCAGUGACCAUUAUCACAGCUUCACCAGGAAAGGGGAAACUAUAAGUUGUAAAGUAUGCAGUAUUGUAUUCAAGAGUGAAGAAGUAGAUUCGCACAUGUUUUCGUUGAAGCAUUUGAACAAAAUGGCGAGUUCUUUGAUUGACGAACACUGUGUGAGGAAGGUCAAUUGA